GGGCCAAAAAAGGAAAAACACCAUACAGCUUGCUUCUAAUAUCACAGUGAAUUAGUAUGUACAUGGCUGCACCUUUAUCCAUAACCAAUUGAACAUCCUCAACAACAUCAUAAUACCUCAAAACCCACAAUCAAAGUACCCAGAAAUGGAGGCAGCUUCAGUGCUUAGCUCCUCUUCUACUUCUUCUUUUUCACUUUCAAAUAUGCUCUUAUCUUCUUCCUAUAAUACCUCAAAACCCCAAGUGAGGUUUAUCUUCUUGAAUUCUUUAUCAAAAUGCAUUUCUUCUUCUGGUUCUUCUCGUUUGCUCUUUUCUUCCCACCACCACAGUAACAGCGUUGGAAGAUUCUCUCUGCUUCAGCCUUCAGCUCUUACAACAGUUGAAGAACAAUCAUCCACAGAUACAUUUUCAGUUCAGCCAAAAAUUGACAAGAGUGGCAGAUUCUGUAGUCCUAGAGCUGCCCGAGAACUAGCUCUGAUGACAAUAUAUGCGGCGUGUUUGGAAGGGUCAGACCCGAUUCGCCUUUUUGAGAAACGGUUGAACAUUAGAAGAGAACUGGGAUAUGAAUUUGAUAAGGAGAUUUUAGUGAAGUACAAUCACAUGAGCUUUGGAGGGCCCCCUGUGAAAACUGAGACGGUUGAAGAAGCUGAUGAACUUCUGCAGAUUGAUGAAAAUGAUUCUGAAAUAGAAGCUGAAGUUCUCUCUGCUCCACCAAAGUUGGUAUACAGCAAACUUAUUUUGCGUUUCACACGGAAACUUUUGGUGGCAGUCGAAGAAAAGUGGGAUAGUCACGUGCUUGCAAUAAAUAAAGUUGCACCCGCUAAUUGGAAGAAUGAGCCUGCAGGCAGGAUCCUGGAGCUUUCAAUUCUUCAUUUAGCAAUGUCUGAAAUAUCAGUAUUAGGAACACGGCACCAAAUAGUCAUCAAUGAGGCUGUUGACCUUGCGAAACGAUUCUGUGAUGGGGCAGCACCCCGCAUUGUCAAUGGCUGCCUCCGGACAUUUGUAAGGGAUCUUGAAAUAGCAAAGGAUACCCGAGUUAACCAAUCAUUGUUUACUUGACGCGUCCAAGAUAAAAGAUUUGAUGAAUACUCAAAACAGUUAUAUCUUCAACAUACCUGAGACACACUUUCGGGGCAUUCCUUGCAAAGCCUGGAGAAGAGAUCAGCAGUGCCUUGAGAUCCAGCUCCCAGGACAAAUUUGUGCUCUCAUCCAAUAUAAGGAAGAACUGUAUAUCAAGAUGUUAACAUUGCCAAUUGUCAAAUGUAUGGUUAAUAUUAUCAUGUUCAUGAUGUAAGCAAUGUAUAUUGUAUCGCCUUAUUCAUUCUGCAGUCUCUGUAUUUCGGUAUACCGAAUUUUUAAAGGCUUUAAGCCUGACAUGGAAUUUGAGUUUGUAAUAGCUUUUUAAAGAGCCAAUAUAUGUGGCUGGUUUAUGGUUUGAAAAUGAAUAA